CCGCUGGGCGUGUGUGCCUGCCUGCCUUCAGGUCCUGAUAGGAAGCGAGGGCGCCAGACCUAUACCCGCUACCAGACCCUGGAGCUGGAGAAGGAAUUCCACUUCAAUCGCUAUCUGACUCGGCGGCGGCGGAUAGAGAUCGCCCAUGCCCUCUGCCUGACGGAGCGGCAGAUCAAGAUCUGGUUCCAGAACCGGCGGAUGAAGUGGAAGAAGGAGCACAAGGAGGAGAGCUCCAGCACUCCGGCUCCCAACGAGCCCACGUCAGCAGCAGCGUCUGUGGAGAAAGUGGAAGAAGAUGAAGAAGAGGAGGAUUAGGGAGUCCCAUACGAGGAAACAAUCUCUUAGAAUAAUGUAUGCACGUGACAGCUGUAAAAGCUCCCUUUAAAGAGAAAAAAAAAAAAAAAGAGAGAGAGAGAGACACUCACUGUUUUUAUCAAAAAAAAAAAAAAAAAGUAAUCAGUUCCCUUUAGUUCUGUCUUGCAAGCGAGCGUUUGCAAACAUGAAAAUGUCUCUUGGGUUGGACUUCCAGCCGUCUCUCCCCUAUCCCGUCCUCCCCAAACCUGCCCCGUGGUAGCAUAUCCUAAGAGCAUCCUACAAUCAUUUGAGUUUUCGUUCACCCACGCUCGGGUGGGUUUGUGCUGGGGACAUUUCGGUGGGAGGACUGCUGCUUGCACAUAAAGUACACCGUGACCUUCCGAAGUAACUACCUGACUCGAUAGUCCCAAUCACGUUGGAAGGGGAAAAGUGCAUUAGGCUCACGUUAAGAAAAACUACCUAAUUUUGAAUAAGUAGCUCUGCACUUUUCUUUUUUUCUUUUUCCUUUUCUUUUAAUUAUUGUUAGAAAAGUACCAUAACUAACAGCUACACUAACAAAAGGUAAAACAGCAAGCGAGGGAAAAAAAAAAGACGUGCCACAAACCACUACAAUCCACAGCAAUGAAUCGUACUACCUAUUUUUCAGACUACCUAUAUAUCUUGCUCCGCCUACCUAUCUUCGAAAGUAUGCUGUAUUUUAGUAGUCAGAAGAAGAUAACGUACUAAUGUGAAUUGCAAAAUGCUUUUAGAAACGUAAGCGUAGUCGUUCGAAAAGCACGCAUCAAUAGCUUUGGUAUAGAAUUUGGUACCGUAAAGGCUGAAUAUAUUUAAAUUUAAAAUAAUAUAUUUAUUCCAAAGCAAUUAUUAAUGAAAACCAUAUGCUGCAAUAUAUCUCUGUCCGCGAACCUUUACUCUUCCGAGUGAGGGAGCGAACGCACACGCCAAUAUUGUACACAGCGGUUUAAUAUCUACCGUGGGCUUCUACCUUAGGCUGCCUCUGCUCAAGGCCGUUUCCUUAUCCUGGGUUGAUCUUACUCAAUAUAGCUGAAAGUGUUCUUGGCAAAGCGAAUUUAAAUGACCAUGUAACCACCUUUAGAAUAUCCGUUUGUCCUGAUUAUCCCAACGUGUUAAUAUGUAAUACCGUGACUUUUCCUACGAUAGCAGAUACUGUAUAUUUGAACGAUUUUUUUUUUUUUUUUUGUCAUUUAUAUUUGUCUUGGAGCUCAUUUGUAAGAUCAUGUCACAAAUUGGGAAGUAUGUAAUUAAUUUGGAAACUUUGUCGCAUGACGUAUCGUUCAGAACUCUGUAUAAAUCCGUCUCGAAGGUUUGGCUAAAGUUUAUUCAAAAAAUUGUAUGUUACAAUGUGUUUCGAUGUGUUCGUUGUGAACAUUUGGAUAUGCCGUGUAAGUAUUGGAAGUGGAAAAAAAAAUGUCUGUGAACUCUCUUUGGAAGUGAUACCGUGUUCAAGUAUCUCCACGAUAAAUGUGUUUUAUGUCACACGGAAAAUAAAGAUGCUUGUUGACAAUUAA